AUCGAUUUUGUGGGUCAACGUGUGAUUGAGGAUCGAUGUUAUUACUGACAGGUUUUGUAGGUUCAUCUAGUCAACACUUCCAAGGUUUCUGUAGCCUGUUUUUGUAGAGACGGAGAUCAUUGAAUUCGACAACCGCUUCAUGACGAACUGUAACGAUGAACUUGCGUAACUGAUGAAACGAUAUAGUAGAGUCGAUAUACUGUACCUCCUCUUCAGAAUGAACCUUGAUAAACUCAGGCACAAGGGCUGCCUUCACUCAUAGGAAGAACGGAUCACUACCUGGCAUGAAAGUUAGACGGGAAGCAUGUAUAACGAGACGAAUCUGGCUCGACGGCACUCUUAUCGGAUCUAACUUGUCAAGUCUGCAACUUGAAGUUGAGAGUCAGGAGCCGUGUUGCAUUCAAGCCAUUCGCACAUGGUCUCUCUUCCGCAGGCGUAGUAUUCUGAAUGGAGGGAGUGCUUCUAUAUCUUGAACUAACACGUCUAAGUCUCACGGUCGGAACUAUUUUUUCCUAGCCCGAGUUAAUACAUGCUUGUCAUAAAGUCAGCUGUUAUUUUUAAAAAAAAUUAGAAUUGAGGAUUUCAGUCUAGUGAUCAGAAAGAAAGAUCUAGUAAAAGGCUGCAACUUUCCUUCUGUCUUAGAUCAAACAUCAGAUUGAAGUUGAAUUCUUGGUAUCAAGAUUAGACAGGGUCGAAAUAGCUGUUCUAAGGGAAGACUGCUUACUUGCGGAGGUGGAGUUGUUUGAGGAGUCUCUUAAUUCUUACCUGAGCUAGCGACACUAGCGUCCGGUUUUUUAACACAGCCGUUUCAAAGACAUUUUAUUCAACUCCAAUAUCUGUGAAUCAGCGUAAGCGUUACCAUUGUAACCCACUAUGUGCAAUAAAAUGAAGUGCGAGGAAUUUCGAUGGAGCCUGUAAAAUUGAAUCUGGAGACUUAGUUCAUCUCUGGUGCAUUGAGUAACUCACGAUGAAACGUUAUACCUUAAUUUGUCUUUCUAUCAUGACAAGGAAGGAACCGAGUAAUACAGCAAAUAGGGUGGCGGUCCUCCCCAUCACGUCGUGCUGGGACGAAACCUGGGUGCAGGAUGGGGUUAGAUGGGAGCAUCACAAUUCAAAUAUGGAGAAUGGAACGUAGGUAUCGUAACUGAUCAAUCAAACUAUAUACUGGAGCAUUCCAAAUGAUCGAGUGAAGCACGAAAACGACAGGUACUCCGGUGAGUACCCUUAUGGAUUGCUCAGAGCACUUGCUCGAGUGAUGAUCAAAAAGCCACAUUUGUUUCCAAGCACGGCAGAAAAAAUAACCAGUCGAUUCUCUCUUUCAUGAGUGCUUGUAACGAAGGAACAAGAGUGACCUCUAACAUUGAAAGCUGUACGAUGUGAAGUACAUCAGGGAGCUGUCGUUCGGUACGUUCGGAUCGAAGGAAUGUGGCGAGGUUCCUCCCCAUUUGUGUUAUACACGUUUUCUUGUUUAAGUGUGUCAGUGUCAUUAUUUUACUAAGUGUUAAACGUAAAGCGUGGAGGAAAUAAGUAGUGAAGGCUGAUGAUAGAUAGGCAGUGUUCCAUAGCUUUCCUGAAGGACAGAUAAGCUCAAGAGAGCUUCAGCCCACCAUGGGAUAUGAUCAACUGAACAAGGACAUCAACUGAAUCUACGAAGUGU